CUCUGAUGCUUUCGAGGAAUAUAAAUUUUGCAAAGGUCCUCUUCUCAAGCCCUCUAUCGACCCGCUUCUCAAUGUCCGCUAGCCCCGUCGCCAAAAGAAUGAAAUCUACAAAAGUCAUCGGUACCCACUCGGGUAGUUUCCACUGUGAUGGUACGGCGCUGUUCCAUAUACGAGGGCAAACGGAAGCUGACCCUGUGACGAAGAGGCCCUUGCCAUUUUCAUGCUUCGUAUGACCAACGACUUCAAGGACGCUGACAUCGUGAGGUCGCGAGACCCUGCCAAGUUGGCUCCUUUGGAUAUCGUUGUCGACGUCGGAGGUGUUUACGACCCUGCCACCAAUCGAUAUGACCACCACCAACGUGGCUUCAGCGAGGUCUUUGGUCACGGUGGAUUCGACAAGAUCAAGCUCAGCUCAGCCGGCUUGGUGUACAAACAUUUCGGAAAAGAGGUGAUUGCCAACAGGCUCGGCGUGCCCGUUGAGGACGAGAAUGUGGAGAUUCUUUGGUUGCAACUGUACUCUGAACUAAUCGAGUCUGUGGAUGGCAUCGACAACGGUGUCAACAUUGCUUCCGGCCCUCUUGCCUACACUCAAAGGACCGACCUCUCUUCCCGAAUCAAGCGGAUCAACCCCGAGUGGUACGAGUCUGUGAACGAUGAGGAGUACGACAGACGUUUCGAGAUUGCCUCCAAGAUCACUGGGGAAGAGUUCUUGUCCCAGUUGGACUACUUUUCCAAGGCUUGGUUACCCGCCCGAGACAUUGUCAAGGCCGCCUUGGAGAAGCGAACAGAGGUUCACCCCAGCGGUGCCAUUGUCGUGUUUCAAAAGGCCGUCCCUUGGAAAGACCACCUUUUCAACCUCGAGCCCAUCCUCCCCAAAACCCCCUCUCAAAUCCUGUACAUCCUCUUCCCCGAAUCUGACGCCCCUGGAGCCAAGUGGCGUAUCCAAUGCGUUCCCCAGUCGCCCGACUCUUUCGUGAACAGAAAAUCGAUGCCCGAGCCUUGGUGUGGCAUGAGGGAUGAGGUUCUGUCGGAGGUCUCUGGUAUCCCUGGGGGUGUGUUUGUGCAUGCGAGUGGUUUCAUUGGGGGUAAUGCCACCUAUGAGGGUGUGUUGGCCAUGGCUACCAAGUCUCUUGAGGCUUGAGGUUGACGUUAUGGCGUCAUUGUAAUUUAUAUGCAUAGCAUCGCGUUCUACUCGUCUUCUGCCUAUACCAAGCCAGCUUUAUUCUAUGGGCACUGCAGAGGCAUCAUCUUUGGGGUCGUUGAAUGCUCCAACCGAAUUACCGAA